CGCGGCGUCGUAAAAGUCCUCUCUCGCGAGAACUGAAGUCUCACGCGAAGGGGCAAGGAGGUUCCCGAGUGACGGGCGCACUUCCGGGGUUGUGUCCGCUGGCGGGCCGAGGGCCUGGGGUCUUCUCCGGGACGCGGUCGCAGGUACCAUGUUCCUGACUGCCCUCCUCCGCCGCAAUCGCCUUCCCGGCAGGCAGUGGAUCGGGAAGCACCGGCGGCCGCGGACAGUUUCUUUCCACGCGAAGCAGAACAUGAUCCGCCGCCUGGAGACAGAGGCAGAGAACCAUUACUGGCUGAGUAUGCCUUACCUCACCGCGGAGCAAGAGUACGGCCACGCGGCGGAGCGCAGGGCGGCGGCCUUCGAGGCCAUCAAGGCGGCCAGCAUGUCCAAGUUCCCCCCCAACAGAUUCGUGGUAGACCAGCUCGACCAUCUCAAUGUCACCAAGAAGUGGUCCUAACCCGGAGCCACCACCUUUCUGCUGGACGGAUCACAGGGCUGCUACCUCUCGACCCGAUUCUGGAACCGAAAACCUGUGACCUCUGGGAAAAAAUGAGCCUUUGGAUCAAUCUUAUUGAACAGCAAACAUGAGUGUAGUGGCCUGCAUAUAGAAUAUUUGGGGCUCCAAACUCUUUAAUACUUAAUAGUCCAGUCUCUGCCAUAUUGUUUCCUGUUCUGUUACCCUGUUGGGAAGGUACAAGAGAUUUCCUAGGUCACAGAGGAUAUAAAAUGUAUUUUGGAUGAAAGCUUCAAAAAAAGCUACAAAGUAUGGCUUGGAAUCUGUCCUUAAGUAUGAGAUACGUGAUGGGGGCUUACCUUUUGUCAAAAGAAUAAUUGCCUAAACAUAAGUGAAAAUUGAGUUUUUUCGGUUAAACAUACGCCUAAAAAUAGCGUUUUCUUCAGGGAUUGCAACUAAAAGACAUUUAAGUGAAGUAAAGGUAUUCAUCAGAA